UGCUGUGUGAACCUCAGCAAGUCCACAUAUCCUAUGGUAGCUCAACAACUGAGAUGAAUGUGAUGUGGAGUACAAAAGGCUCCUGUGAAACAGGUGUUCAUUAUGCACCUCAUCCAUGGGAUUUGAACAUGGAAGCUGUUGGCAAACAUAUACAGCUAGAUGAAUCCUUGAAUGGAACUUUUCCAUUUAUACACAGAGUUGUGCUGAAGGACUUGUUGCCAUCAACAACAUAUUAUUUCCGUCCCCACGUGAAGGCUAGUACUGGAACUGGGUCCUUUUUCUUCACAGUUCCUGCUUCAGGCAACGAGAGCUGGUGUCAGAGUUUUCUAGUUGUCAGUAAUAUCGACACAGAAAGAAAAAUGAUGCAAUCUGUCAUCACUGACGCUCAGUCUGGGAAAUACAGUGCAGUUUUGUAUGGUGGAGAUCUGGAGGAUAGCGGUGAUGCAUUGUUGUCAGAUUUGGAGCAGGCAGCAGGAUAUGUACCUUUGAUGACUGUACCAGGAAAGAAAGAUGGCUUAUAUCUGUACCGCAACACCUUCUCCAUGCCUGGAACUGACUGGCCCAUGCCUGGUAACAAGCUGUGGUACAGCUUCAAUGUGGGACUGGUUCACUUCCUCGUCUACUCAACAGACGUCCUAUUUGAGGCUGACAGUAAAAAUGCCAAGGCUCAACAGGACUGGAUAGUGAAUGACUUGAAAGAAGCCAAAAAGAAAAGAUCAGAAACUCCAUGGAUCAUUGCCAUUGGCAGUCAGCCGAUGUAUUGUUCAUUCGGUGUCCUGGACGGGGAUGACUGCUUACAGAACACUUCCAAAGUCAGACACGGUUUUGAAGACAUGUUUUACAUCUUUGCUGUUGAUCUGGUGAUUGAGACCCGUCACACUGUCUAUGAGCGGACAUGGCCCCAAUACAAGGGUGUGGUGGUCACAGACUCCUACCUUAACCCCAAGGCGCCAAUUGAGGUCAUCAUUGGUUCAAAUUCAGGAGGGCAGAAUGUUGGAGGCACAAGUGAUGCCAAUGGCACAACCGACUGGUCAGCAUUUCACCUUGCUGGGCCAGCUACUAACAGCUAUGGGCGCCUGACAGUGGACAACUCAUCUCAUCUCCACUGGCAGUGGAUUUCCUCUGUAGAUCACUCCAUGAUGGAUAACUUCUGGAUUAUUCAGGAUAGUCAUGGAGGUUUCAG